AUGAACACGACCAGGCGUACCCCUCGUUGUUCCGUACCCUUUUUUGUGCUAUUCGUAACAAUGACGACAACAGCAACAAUGACGAUGAUGAUGACGACGCUCGGACUUGGCAAUGCUGUAAACACGCCAGCUACUGCCUAUUCGUACACUGCAGCACCGUCAGCAGACGUCGUCGUAACUGGAGGUCUUGAUGGACGCGUGUUCGCGGUCGACGCCUGGUCUGGCCACAUCCUGUGGUCCUUUGACUCGGGUGGUCCCAUGGUCCAUUCGACGCCGUGUCUGGAUGUGGAGCACGCUCCGAAUACGACGCCAGACGUGACGCCGACUACGUACCAAGCAACAGCUAAAGAGCCACGGGAAGCCACACAGGAAGACGUGGACGUCAAUGGAAAUGUUCACGUGACAAGUGCUCGGGCAGGGCAUUCCGCGGCUGUGCAGGAGCGCUCGGUGACGAGGCAGCAGCAGCAGCAGAUGGAACUGACGACAGCGCUGGCAGCGCGUACUGCCAUGUUUAUGUCCCAACUCGUGCCGUCGUACGAUGGCAGAUUGUAUCAUGUGUCGAAGGGCAAGGUGCAAGAGCUGGGGAUGACUAUGGCUGACAUUGUUCAUGUGAACGGUCCUGUACGUGUGGCCGUGGAUGCUACGGUGACUGGUGAUGAACCUGCUGUGGACGUUCCAGCAGCAGAUAUUUUGAUCUUUGGCGAGAAAACGCUGGAACUGUUUACACUGGAUGCAGCUAGCGGCUCCCGUCGCGCUUAUUUGUCAUCAUCCACGGCAUCAAUAGCGGUGUCUAGUGAUGUCUUGUUUGGCCGCUCGGAUUUUACCACGCGAGCUGUUCAUUCCCGUAAUGCUUCAGCUGCUCGAUGUUUCAAAAUCUCAGAGUUCUUUUUGGACUUUGCACAGCAGGCACAUUGUCCGGUCGGAGACAGCGGUCAUAAGAUGGCUCCCGAAAUUCUUGUACUGCCGAAGGAUUAUGACGCAGCAUCAGCGAACACGAGUUCCACCAUUAUUGCGUUUGAUCCCUGGACAAAAAAGCAGCUAUGGGAAUUCGAGAUUCCCGACUUCGAUGUUCUGGCCGUAUAUGGAAUAUCCACGGUGCGAGGAGCUACGUUUUACAAGUGGAAGGUGGACGGUCCAUCGUCAUCGCGACGUGUCCGGACUCCAGCGCAAAUGACCGCAGAGGAUUGGCAUCGCCGUCGAUACUCGAUUGAUUCCACACAAUCAGCGACUAUCGUGAAGCAGGAACAGGAAAUCGAGAAUUUGUCGACGGAGCGCCAAUUGGUGCGAGUGCUUCCAAGCACAUGGGAUACAGUGGGUGCACGAUUCCGAAUGCGCUUAAUAGGAGGUGAUUACUUUUUCGAAGUGAGUGAGAACGAUGGUGAUGUGGUCACCAAACGCGGCAACCGUCCGCCUGUAUCCCACAGCAAAACAAACAGGCGACACUUAUGA